AUGGCCCCCGAUAUCAACACCAUUCAGACGACGGCACCUCUUCCCAGGGGCAGCGCUGAGAAACCAAACAUUCUCUACAUCAUGGCUGAUCAGCUGGCUGCCCCUCAGCUCAAGAUGUAUAACCCAGAAUCACAGAUCAAAACGCCAAACCUGGACCGCCUCGCUGCCACUUCUGUACAGUUUGAUUCUGCAUACUGUCCUUCCCCGUUGUGCGCCCCCUCCCGAAUGAGCAUGAUCACAGGUCUUUUGCCCAUGAAGAUCGGCGCUUAUGAUAAUGCCUCUCAAAUCAACUCUGAGAUCCCUACCUAUGCCCAUUAUCUCCGUUCCAAGGGCUACCACACAGCUCUGGCAGGUAAGAUGCACUUUGUCGGGGAUCAGCUUCAUGGAUAUGAGCAGCGUCUGACGAGCGACAUCUAUCCCGGGGAUUUUGGCUGGGCCGUCAACUGGGAUGAGCCCGAUACUCGUCUAGAAUGGUAUCACAAUGCCAGUUCAAUCCUACAGGCAGGCCCUUGUGGUCGUAGCAAUCAGCUGGACUAUGAUGAGGAGGUCAUGUAUCGAAGCGUUCAGUAUCUGUGGGACCACGUCCGCGAAGGCCCGGAGAAGCGCCCGUUUGCUUUGACGGUUUCUCUCACCCAUCCUCACGACCCUUACACCAUCACAAAGCAAUACUGGAACCGCUAUGAGGACGUAGAUAUUGCGCUGCCAAAGGUCCGCAUUCCCAAAGAGGAGCUCGAUACUCACAGCAAGCGCCUACUGAAAGUCUGUGACCUCUGGGACCAGGACUUUUCUGACGAACAAAUUAAGAGAGCCAAACGCGCCUACUACGGCUCCGUCAGCUACGUGGAUGAUUGCAUCGGCAAACUUCUCGAGACGCUUGAAGACGCUGGUUUGGCCGAGAAUACCAUCAUCAUUUUCAGUGGCGACCAUGGCGAUAUGUUGGGCGAGCGAGGUCUGUGGUACAAAAUGAGCUAUUUCGAGUCAUCUGUUAGAGUCCCUCUACUGGUCAACUACCCGAAGUGGUUCCAACCUCACCGCGUCAGUCAAAAUGUAUCAACGCUUGACCUGCUCCCAACCAUUUGCGAUCUAAUUGGCACCAAACCUGCUCCGUAUCUGCCCAUGGACGGGCUCAGCAUGUUACCUCAUCUUCAGAACAGGGAAGGCCAUGACACUGUCUUUGCUGAAUACACUGGCGAAGGCACUGUCCGACCAAUGAUGAUGAUUCGCCGUGGACCUUGGAAGUAUAUCACUUGCCCGGCCGACGAGCCACAGUUCUAUAAUUUGGAACGGGAUCCUCAAGAACUUGACAAUUUGGCACGCUUCGUGAGGGUUGCACCACAGAAUGCUGAAGAAGAAGGAAUUAAAGCGCUCUUCGAAAAAUAUGACGCAGAGGCCAAGGCCAAGUGGGAUUUUGACGCCAUCACAGCACAGGUCCUCCAGUCUCAGCGUAGCCGUCGCGUUGUUUGGGAUGCCCUUAAGGAAGGCGCGUUCACAAGCUGGGAUUUCGAUCCCUUAGAUGAUGGUAGAAUGAAGUAUAUCCGCUCCACUAUCCCUCUGGAUGCUCUUGAGCGCCGUGCUCGUUUCCCCUUUGUGGAUAGUAACGGGUACGAGUCCAAAGCAGUCAACUCAACUCGUAAUUGA